CCUUGGCUCCUCCUCCCCUGCCUGCUCGCCUGGCUGGGCAAAGAUGGCGGAAGCGGGCGAGGAGCGGAGCGGGGCGCGGGCCUUGCUGGAGCUUCGCUCGGCCCCCUCGCCUCCUCCUCCGGCGGGACCCGCUCCCUCCUCCUCGGCGGCGGGGGAGCCCUUGUCGGCGCCGCUGGCCCGUCUGCUAGGCCGCGACUUCGAGUUCCUGGUGCGGCGGGCGGCGGUGACCAUCGGGCGCAACUCCUCGCAGGGCGCCGUGGACGUGCCCAUGGGCCGCUCCUCCUUCAUCUCCCGCCGCCACCUCGAGCUCGCCUUCCGCGCCCCGCACUUCUACCUGAGCUGCCUCGGAAAGAACGGCGUCUUCGUCGACGGGGCCUUCCAGCGGAGGAGCGCCCCGGCCCUGCGCCUCCCGCCACAAUGCACCUUCCGAUUCCCCAGCACAAACAUCAAGAUCCAUUUCACGUCGCUUUAUCACAAAGAGGAAGUCAAAGAAGAAGCUUCAUCACCUCCACUUCGGCCACUCUACCCACAGAUUUCCCCUCUUAAGAUUCACAUUCCGGAGCCGGAUCUCCGGAGCCUGGUCAGCCCCCUGCCAUCUCCCACUGGCACUAUCAGUGUUCCCAACUCGUGCCCGGCCAGUCCCCGCGGUGCUGGCUCCUCAGGAUACCGUUUUACCCACAACGUUACCUCGGACCUGCAGCUGGCGGCUGAAUAUGCAGCAAAGGCUACGUCGGAGCAGCAGGCAGAUGCGUCAGGUGGAGACAGCCCAAAGGACGAAUCCAAGCCGCCAUAUUCCUAUGCCCAGCUAAUUGUUCAAGCUAUCUCGUCAGCCCAGGACAAGCAAUUAACACUAAGUGGGAUCUAUGCCCACAUCACCAAGCAUUAUCCUUAUUACCGGACAGCUGAUAAAGGCUGGCAGAAUUCCAUUCGGCACAACCUCUCCUUGAACCGUUAUUUUAUUAAAGUCCCACGUUCUCAGGAGGAGCCGGGAAAGGGCUCUUUUUGGCGCAUCGAUCCUCCCUCAGAAGGCAAACUGGUGGAACAGGCAUUCCGAAAACGGAGACAGAGGGGGGUAUCCUGCUUCCGAACCCCUUUUGGGCCUCUUUCCUCCCGGAGUGCCCCUGCGUCCCCCACUCAUCCUGGCUUGCUGUCUCCUCACACAAGUGGCCUCCAGACCCCAGAGUGCCUGUCGAGGGAGGGCUCACCCAUUCCACAUGAUCACGACUUUGGUUCAAAGCUAGCCUCCGUUCCAGAGUAUCGGUAUUCACAAAGUGCACCUGGCUCGCCUGUAAGUGCCCAGCCGGUAAUCAUGGCAGUCCCUUCUCGGCCCUCAGCCCUCAUGGCCAAGCCAGUGGCCUACAUGCCGGCCUCCAUUGUGACCUCCCAGCAGCCUUCGGGCCAUGCCAUUCAUGUGGUCCAGCAAGCCCCGACGGUCACCAUGGUCCGGGUCGUGACCUCCUCUGCAAACUCUGCAAAUGGAUACAUCCUGACCAACCAGGGCCCGGCAAGUGGCAGCCAUGAAGCCGCCACAGGGACAGUCCUGGACUUGGCUGGUGAGCCUCGAGGAAUUGAAGAUAAGCCCACCAUUGCGUUUGCUGCAAUCCCCACUGGCAGCCGGGUGAUCCAGACCGUGGCCAGCCAGAUGUCUCAGGGCGUCCCAGGACAAACGGUCACCAUCCUCCAGCAAGCCACCCCGGUGGCCAUCGGUCAACACCAGCUCCCCGUCCGAGCCGUGACGCAAAACGGAAAGCACGCUGUCCCCACCAACAGCAUCACCAGCGGCACCUACGCCCUCACCAAUCCCUUGCAGCUCCUUGCGGCCCAGGCCAGCUCCUCCACUCCAGUGGUCGUCAACCAAGCAAGAGAAGCUGGGACAAAAGACACGGAGGAGCUUUCCAAUGAGCCGGAGGUCAAGCGGCCUCGGAUGGAGGAGUCCAAGGCAGGAGGAGCGGCUCUGCUGCAAACCGGCGGCGUCAUCACCUCCGCCACCCCACAAGGACAGGCUGCUGGCGAAUGAGGAACCCAGAGGUUCGGAAAUGCAGCGGCAGCGGCUUUGGUGGAGAUGAUUUUUUUUUUGUAAAAGAAAAAAACCAAGAGAUAUGACUGUAACGUCUUUUUUUUUUUUCCCAGCGAGAUGUUUCUACCAACGCAAAGGAAAAGCUCCCUUCAAAGCAUGUUUUUAAAGCAAACAGGUCAGCGGUUUUUCGGAUCCCGAGGUGCCAAACAAAUACGCAAAUAAAUAAGCCCCCACCCCAUCCCCCCACUGACCUGUGGUCUGAAAAAUCCUCUUUUUGCUUUUCACUUUGGAGAUUAUUUUUCUCUCCUUUUUAGAUUUUAAAAAAACAAAUAAUAAUAAUUAAUAAUUAAUAAUAAAGACAAUUUGAUUGUAUGACUGCUGGGAUUUCCCACCCAACACCCCUCCUCCCCUUCCUUUUCUUUCUUCCCCUCCAAAGCAUGGUAGUUUUGUGAGAGCAUAUUAAAAACACAGGACAGAAGCAUGUAUUCGAGUGGGGUGGGGAGGGCAGGAGGCAGCGGUGGGGCAUUCAGUCUCCAAAGACGACUCCUUUCUUUCUCUCUUUCUCACAUUUCUCUCCCUCUCAUGCAUUCAGACAGCUUGGAAAUGCUACUUUUUGGAGGUUGCGACUCCCAGAAUUUCCCAUCUUCUUGGAUGUGAGAUUUGGGAUUUGUAGUCCAAAACAGGAACACUUCCAUACUCUGAAAUGAGAGAACUUUACAUCCUUUCAUCUCACGACUCCAAACCCUCAAAAACGGAUGGAUCCUCUCUUGUCUGAACAUUUCUUUUGGAACCAGAUUUUGCCAUAUGCACACAAUUGCUGGUAAAAUUAUUGAUAGUUUUCUAAUUUCCUCCCCCUUGAAAAAAAAACAGGCCAGUUUCCCCAUUCCUUGGUAUCGCAGUUGUUCUAUUUCCGGGACUCUAUAUUGCCAAAGUGAGUUGACCUGAGAACAUAGCAAUCUUUUUUUGGCUCAUAACAGAAUGACCCCAUAAACAUAUUUUAUUUUUGUGUCAGGAGCGACUUGAGAAACUGCAAGUUGCUUCUGGUGUGAGAGAAUUGGCUGUCUGCAAGGAUGUUGCUCAGAGGACGCCCAGAUGUUUUACCAUCCUGUGGGAGGCUUCUCUCAUGCCCCUGCAUGGGGAGCUAGACCUGACAGAUGGGAGCUCACCUCGCUCCCAGAUUCAAACCGGCAACCUUUAGGUCAACAGUCCUGCCGGCACAAGGGUUGAACCCAUUACGUCACUGGGGACUCCUAACCAUAUGACUGUCUGCAAGGACGUUGCCCAGGGGACACCCAGAUGUUUUGAUGUUUUACUAUCCCGUGGGAGGUUUCUCUUGUGUCCCUGCAUGGGGAGCAAGAUCUGACAGACGGAGCUCACCUCGCUCCCAGAUUCAAACUGCCGACCUUUUGGUCAGCAGUCCUGCCAGCACAAGGGUUGAACCCAUUACGUCACUGGGGACUCCUAACCACAUGACCGUCUGCAAGGACGUUGCCCAGGAGACACCCAGAUGUUUUGAUGUUUUACCAUCCUGUGGGAGGCUUCUCUCGUGUCCCUGCAUGGGGAGCUAGAGCUGGCAGAUGGGAGCUCAUCUCGCUCCCAGAUUCGAACCGCCAACUUUUCGGUCAGCAGUCCUGCGGCACAACAGUAGAACCCAUUGCGCCACUGGUGCUCCUAACCACAUGACUGAUACCCAUGGGUUCAUUUACUUCUUUCUGAACAAAAUAAUUCCCUUUCUUGGCAUGUCCUAGGUCCUCCAACGUGACCCUAUGAUAUGCUCCUGCCAGUUUAUUCAAUAGGUGGUUUUGCAUAUCCAUGAGAAGUCCCGAAGCAUAUUGAGGGUUGUAUUGUCAUUUCUAGUUGAGAGUGUUAAAUUAACACGGUGCACGAAAGGUUUAGUUUCCAUGUCAGUCUACAAAUCUUUUUACAUAUUUGGGGAUUUGUGGAACAGCUCACACCAUCUUCAGUGUCAUUCCGGUUCAUUUAGCAACACCACAUACAAGAGAAAGAGAGAGAAAUGGGAUUUAUAGAAUCAGUUUUCAACACAGUGCCAGUUUUCAAUGCUGGUCCUGACACCGAAAGAGCCAAUGUUGUGCGUGUGGCUAAGAUGUUGGACUCAGUCUAACGAGAGGGGUUCAGAUGCCCUGUCUAUCCAUGGCGCUCACGGGGGGACCUUGGACCAGUCACUGUCUCUUUUAACCUACCUCACAGGGUUGUUGUGAGGAUAAAGUUGCGGGGAGGGGCGGGGGGAGAACUCUGUAUGCCACCGUGCCCUCCUUGGAGGAGGGCAGAAUAAAAACGAAAUAAAAGAAUAGCCUUGCCGUA